AUGUUAGACCAAAGUUCAGAUCCCCCAAAGUCUGGUGGAAUCAAGAAAGUAUCGGUCGAUUCGCCAGAGGUGAAAAAUUAUGCUGAGCAAGGCUUGAGGAAAUUGUCGUCUACCCAUGGAAGCACUAAUGAGCUCAUUCUUACGGAAAUCAUUAGUGCAACUUAUCAAACUGUUGCUGGAUCAUUACACAAAAUUCAUGUUAAGUACGGAGAAAGUAAUUGUCCUAAAGGCCAAUUCAGCGAGGCAAGUACUCUAGCGGAGAAUAGUCCAAUUAAAGAGUGUUUGAUCAGCGUCUGGUCAAGACCUUGGAUAAAGGAAAAUCCCCUUGAGAUUAACAUUAAAUUACUUGAAGAUUAA